AUGUCGUUGGCGUUGUCGAGAGCUAGAAUUUUUCAGAAACUUCCGGACGGAGGUUAUGGCUGUGCUCGUGCAGCCAGCCGGGCAGCCAUUUCCUCUGUCAGAGUUGUCUCUGGCCGUCCGGCGAUUUGCCGCCGCUCGAACUCUCAGGCGAACUCGCAACGAGCGUUCAGCAAUACAUAUCAGAGUUUCGCCACAAUACAAGACCUCGCAAAACAAACGGCAUCGAUCGAAGAAAUCCAGUUGAAGAACGAAUUCGAGGCGAACAGAGACAUCCGGGACUAUCUGGUAAAAUGGCAGAAACAGAAUCCGAAUCUCCUCGAUCCGGUUCGAGAACCGGAGGAUGCGACGUCGUCCCGGUGGAGGGGCAAUAUGUUGAACGAUAACCGGGAGGCCGAUGGUGCGAGCAUCGAUGAGUUACAGUCCUCGGACGCAGAGCCGGUAGACUUUUCCAACAUUGGCGAUGAAGGCGAGGGUAUUGAUGAAUUCCUGGAGCCGGGAGAUCUUGUUGCGUUGCACUCCACCGACGGAAGCUUGACCUUUGGCAUCUACGUGCGAUCGGUUCAGAAACAACAACAGUUCUAUACUGAGAGAGGAAAAUGGCGCAUUGGAUUCCACAGAGAUCUUGACUAUGUGCUCAAGGGCUUCGCUGAGCCGGAAGACAUGGAACCACUGCUUGCAUACUUCCCCGACGCUGUCGCAGAACUGAGUCAGGAGUUGCAGUCAAGCAUCGAAGGAGGCGUGCCACGGGCAUUGGGUGCUCAUCUCUUGCAAAGAAUGACCUCGUUUAGCAAUCAGAUUCUGGAUUUCUAUGGUGAAAAUUCGAGUCGGUUGGAUGACAUCCACGACCUCGUGGCUGAUGAGGAAGACAGCGUCGGGUACACGAUUGAAGAAUUGGCUAUCAAGGCGCUGGACAUGAAGCAAGAUGAGCUGGAUGAUGUGAUUCUGUUUGCUGUUCACCGUGCUGCUACCCGGAAUUCAUUCCUCAUCCAGAAUGAUCGCAGCUUUGUGUUCUCGGAUUACUACCUCGUGCAGCCGAAAAGGAUCGCCAGGACAUUGCAAACAGUUACGACAUGGGUUCAUGAACACCAGGAAAUGCUCGUUCGGUCUACAAUGGGUGAAGAUACGCCAAAUCUGAAGGGUCACCCGAUGCAGGACUUCGCUCAGAAGGCGCGUCGUCUCAUCCAACUCAGUCGAAAAGUCCGAUCGCCGACGAAGAUGGCAAACGUGGGGCCUACAUCUCAACGUUUCGAACCAGAGCAGGAUGAAAAUCCGAUGGUGUAUCGGGAGGUUGCUACCGAGAAAUUCAAUCAAUUUGACCGCAAAAUCAUCGAGUUUCUGCAGUUAUGGUGCAUCCCGCCAAGGCGCAUGACGAUUGGUUCGCUGAGGUCGUCAGGCUCGCACAUCAUCCGCACUACCGGGAUGUACGGUGGGCUGGAAGUGGACGCUGCGACGGCACCGCUGUUCCUGCAAGAACUGGGCGUGGUGUCUCCUUGGGAGAAUAUGCGUCUGCUCGACCUUGCCCUGGGUCUUCCGGGGCACGGGAUCUCCAGCCGGAAUGACAAAUUGCUGAAGGGAGUGCGGAUGGAAUCCCGCAGACUCCAGACAGAAGGAAUGAUAGACACCAUGCAGGACUUGCGGACGGACUGGGGUGAGCUGCCUAUCUACUGCGUUGACGAUGUGGACGCACAGGAAAUCGACGAUGGUGUUUCUCUGGAGCCGGUUCCUGGCUCAAAUGACGAAUUCUGGAUUCGCGUGCACGUAGCCAAUCCGUCGGCCUUCAUCUCGCACGACAAUGUGAUUAUGAAGUACGCUGCCAUGCGCAACCAGACUCUCUACACGCCAGAACGCACCUAUCCCAUGCUCCCACCAGCCCUGACACACAAGAACUUCUCCCUCGCCCCAGGCCGUCCAACACUCACCUUCAGCGCAAGAAUGAACCGCCAAGGCGAAGUCCUAGAAACAGACGUCCGCAACGGCACAGCCGGAGACGUAAUCUACAUAACCCACGACAAGCUCCGCACCCUCUUCGAACCCGAAUCACCACCCCAACCGCCCCUAACAGUGGGCGGAGCCCUCACCACGCAACCCACCCGCGAAAACAUCCAAAACACCCUCACCCCCUCCGACGAACAAACCUUCCACACAAUGCGCGACCUCAUGCUCGCCUUCCGCUCAGCCUACCGCCUCAAAAACGGCGCCAUGGACUUUCCCUUCUCCCCAGACACCCCCAUCACCAUCAGCGCCGGCUCCGCCCCUUUCAAACCCUACAACAUGCGCAGCACCACAGCAGGGAAAUACAUCCUCGGCGACCCGAUCAUCCAACUCCGCCCACAGGAUAACAAUCCCCACGAAGUUCCCGACCUCACAAAACGAAACCUCAUCUCCCUGCUCAUGAACCUCGCCUGCUGGGUUUCCGGCCGCUGGUGCGCAGAGCGCAACAUCCCAGCUGUCUUCGACGGCACCUGGUAUCAUCCGGAGUACGCACCGCUCACGAAUACCAACAUGCACGAGUACGGGGGCGAGUCGUGGCUGAGCAUCGCCGCGCCACGGGGUAUCUCCUCAUCGACGCCUCUGCACCACACAACCCUAGGUCUAGACGCAUACGUCAAGUCAACAAGCCCUCUCCGUAGAUACUCCGACCUCCUCGCACACUACCAAAUCGAAGCCGCCCUGCGCUCCGCCGCAACCACCCCUUCCGCGGACCUCACAACAACUCUCCCCUACACGCACGACUCCAUAGAAACCUACCUCCACCGCACGCGCUGGCUGCGCACCCGCAUCCGCGACGUCUCCAAAGCCUCAGCCCAACACUGGGCGACCCACCUGCUCUUCCGCGCCUUCUACUUUGCCGAAUGCACCCUCCCAGAAACAUUCACUUGCAUCCUGCACAAACCGCUCUCCCAGGCCGCAUUAACAGGGACAGGAUAUGUCCAGGGCUACGCAGGCACGAUCACUAGUCUGGGGAUUAAGUGCUUGGUUAUGUUUAAGGAGGAGUCGGGUGUUGCGGAGGAGGUGGGGGAGAUGGGGAUUUUGAGUACGGUGGAGGCGAGGAUUAGGGAGGUGGAUUUGGGGAGGGGGGUUGUUGUUAUGGAAGGGGUUGAGGCGGGGGUUGGGUUUACGAGGGUUGGUGAGUGGGCUUGA